AAUUUGAACGGUUUUAUGUGUAAUAAGUUGGUAGUCUGUGUUUUCUUAUAAUCAAUGGUUGGUAUCUGUAUUAGUUCCUCUUUCCUGUUUUAACGCAACGUGAUAGAAUGACUUGCAAACGCAGAAAUAGUGGAAGGUCUAAACAUGGCCGUGGCCAUGUGAACCCUGUGCGCUGCACCAACUGUGCAAGAUGUGUUCCCAAGGACAAAGCCAUCAAGAAGUUUGUUAUUCGGAAUAUAGUUGAAGCAGCAGCUGUCAGAGACAUUACUGAAGCCAGCGUUUAUAAUCCUUAUCAACUGCCUAAGCUGUAUGCAAAGCUGCAUUAUUGUGUAUCUUGUGCAAUACACUCCAAGGUAGUGCGUAACAGAUCCAAGGCUGACCGUCGUAUCAGAACACCACCAGCCCGCAACUUCCCACGUGAUAUGUUGCGACAGGGUGGUCAGCAAGUUAGAAAGUGACUGCUUCUGACUAAAUGUGUACUUUCAAAAUAAAAUAAUAUUCUAAAA